GGGGAGAAGCCAUAUAAAUGCCUGAAGUGUGGAAAAUGCUUUAGUCACAAGGUAAGACUUACUUACCAUGACAGAAUUCAUACAGGUGAGAAACCAUAUAAAUGUCUUGAGUGUGGAAAAAGCUUUCGAAAGAAGAAUGUAUUAACUUUCCAUCAAAGAAUUCACACAGGGGAGAACCCAUUUAAAUGCCUGGAGUGUGGAAAAGGCUUCUUUCACAAGAGCAGCCUUACUGCCCAUCAAAGAAUUCACACAGGGGAUACACCAUAUAUAUGCCUGGAAUGUGGAAAAAACUUUCCACGGAAGGAUGCUCUAACUUUCCAUCAAAGAAUUCACACAGGGGAGAAACCAUAUAAAUGCCUGGAGUGUGGAAAAGGCUUUUGUCAUAAGAGAAGCCUUACAUACCAUGAAAGAAUGCACACAGGGGAGAAGCCAUAUAUAUGCCAGGAAUGUGGAAAAAACUUUACACGGAAGGAUAUUCUAACUUUUCAUCAAAGAAUUCACACAGGAGAAAAACCAUACGAAUGUCUGGAGUGUGGAAAAGUCUUCAGUCAUAAAGUAAGCCUUACUGUCCAUCAAAGAAUUCACACAGGGGAGAAACCAUAUAAAUGCCUGGAGUGUGGGAAAAGCUUUCGAAGGAAGUAUGAUCUAACUUCCCAUGAAAGAAUUCACACAGGGGAGAAACCAUAUAAAUGCCUGGAGUGUGGAAAAGGCUUCAGUUACAAGAGUAGCAUUACGUACCAUGAAAGAAUUCACACAGGAGAAGCAAUAUAAAUGCAUGAAAUGCUGAAAAAGCUUUGGACAGAAGGAUAAACUGAAUUCCCAUCAAAGAAUUCACGCUGGGGAGAAAGCAUAGAAAUGUCGAGUGUGGGAACGCAUUCCAUCAGAGGAAAAUAGAUUGAGAAAUUAGAAAGCAACCUGGUUUCCAUCAUAAGAAUACCGUCUUAAACGGUUCUAUUUCAGUAGGAAAGUGAAAGAUUCCUGUAGCUAUCUGAAGAAGUGAGUUGUGAUUCACGAAAGCUCAUACCCUGCCACAAAUUUUCUUAGUCUUUCAAGCGCUACUGGGCUUCUGCUCCUUUUUACUGCCGUAGACAGACUUAACAUGGCUACCCAUUGCAUUCUCUUUUACACCUGUGGAAUGCUAGAAUUGUGGGAGUUUUUCUCUUCUUGGUGUGCAGGACAUUCCCCCAAGUGGAAGCCACAUGAGCAAAUCGUUCUGUAUGUGUUGCUAUCAGUUUCACUCAUUAUCCUUCCACAGAUGAGUACAGCAGUUAUAAUAGAUCGUAUCGAGAGAAGCAGUCCUGUAGUUAUGUAGACCUCGCACCCGGAAAGACUUUGUCAGUAAUGCCCAGCACCUUGACAUAAACUGAAAAAUUGAACAAUCUCUGAAGGAGCAUCUCAUAUACGUGUCACCCCGAAUAGUAAUCAAGCUGCGACAUUCUGUACCAGU